AUGAAGCGGUUUCAAUUCAGAGAGCUCCAGGCUGCAACAGAAAACUUCAGCAGCAAGAACAUAUUAGGAAAAGGCGGGUUUGGUAUCGUUUACCGGGGGCAGCUCCCAGAUGGAAGUCUUGUAGCCGUCAAGAGGCUCAAAGAUGGUAAUGCUGCAGGCGGGGAAGCACAGUUUCAGACUGAAGUCGAGAUGAUCAGCUUGGCAGUGCACAGGAACCUCCUGAGACUCUAUGGAUUCUGCAUGACCGCCAGUGAGAGGCUACUGGUCUAUCCAUACAUGUCGAAUGGGAGUGUCGCAUUGCGCCUGAAAGGGAAGCCACCACUGGACUGGAUCACCAGAAAGAGGAUAGCACUUGGUGCAGCACGAGGUCUACUGUACCUGCACAAGCAGUGUGAUCCCAAGAUCAUCCACAGAGACGUUAAGGCAGCAAACAUACUGCUAGAUGACUGUUGCGAAGCAAUUGUCGGGGACUUUGGGCUUGCAAAGCUCCUAGACCACCGUGAAUCACAUGUGAAGAAGAUGCACCAAGAGAAGCAGCUGGACAUACUUGUCGACAAGGGCCUGGGGAGCAAAUAUGACCGCAUUGAGCUGGAGGAGAUGGUGCAAGUGGCACUGCUAUGUACUCAGUUCCUCCCUGGUCACAGGCCCAAAAUGUCAGAGGUGGUCAGGAUGCUGGAAGGCGAUGGGCUUGCAGAGACGGUCUGA